AUGCAGUCGAUGCUUUCAAAGUAUGCAGGAACCAGUAAGGCUCACAGAGACGAGUCAAACGGCGACUGGCAGAAGCGAACCGUUGACCUGCGAACUGGUGCAAAUGUGGUUAGCUGGACGGUAACGAACAGCGCUGGAUCGAAGGCACCAUCGGAGCCAAUUCGAAUCUCGAGAAUUGACAUUCUUGGUUUGGCAUUCACCCGAGAAUGCUCACUGUGCCCUCCGGGCACGUCAUCUGAUGGUGGUGCGGCUGAAUGUACACCAUGUGGUCCGGGAUUUUAUGCUCCUAAAGGGGCCGCAAAGUGUGGACGAUGUCCACAGACCCAUUAUUCAGGUCCGAAGGCCGAGCGCUGUAUGGAGCGUCCAGCAUGUCGCCCAACGGACUAUUACCCUGUGACUGAACCUUGUACAAAUGGGACCACACGUACCUCUUACAAGAAAGUACAGCCAGCUGUGUGUCGUGCUGACGUGUUGGGUGCUGCUACGAUGCCUGCGUCAAGCGCUACAAGAGCCUGUCCACCAUGCAAUCCCGGUAUGGCCAAGGAUGCCAACGGCAUCUGUGUAUUUUGUCCUCCAGAUCACUAUUCACAGGGAGACGCCUGUAAACGCUGCCCCGUUGAUACUGUACCCAACUAUGGCUAUGAAUACGUUGCAUGGGACACUAUUCCACCCAAUAUUGUCACUCGCUGCGAGUACAUUAGUGAAGAAGUUAACACGUAUGUGAUAUCGAGAGCGGUGGAUGCAUCAGCACAGCCCUUGUCGCUCCUUCUGUGCAAAAGUAAAAUAUUCAAUCAAAUUACCAAGGUUUUCAAUCCCAUGGCUCCACCCGAUCUUCUGGCGUCUCCUCAGGCACCAGUCGCACACUUUUCUAUAGUUUUUGAGACCAACUGCGCUGACAGCUCAUGUGUGCUGUACGUGAUUGAGAGUCCGAUGGAGCACACAAAAACGUCACAGUAUCGUUUCUUAGCUGCUUUCAAUGGAAGUCAGCCACGACGGGUAUGGUCGCACAGCAUCCUCAAACGAAGCAGUGCCAGAUUCAUGGUGAGCGCUUUCUGCUAA